AUGCCAAAAUUAAUGAUCUAUGGCGCGACAGGAUACACUGGCCGCAUGGCAGCCAUGAACGCCAAGAAACUCGGACUCGCCUUUACCAUUGGAGGCAGAACGGAGAGCAUACUCAAAAUCCUGGCAUCCUCGCUCAAUGUCACCUGCUGCACGCUAAGCCUGGGCGAUACGAGCGCCAUCGACACGGCCUUGGAUGAGAUCACAGUCCUGCUCAACUGCGCCGGCCCGUUUAUGCGCACCGCAGAGCCGCUGAUGCGGGCAUGCCUACGUACUGGGACGCACUACCUCGACAUCGCCGCGGAGCUAGACAGCUAUGAGCUAGCAGAGACACUCGACGACGAGGCCAAACGGGCCAAUGUCAUGCUGCUGCCGGGAUGCGGAGGCAGCGUAGCCAUGUUGGGCUGCCUAUCCGAGCACGUCCUCUCAGCUCAGACCCGCCCUCCGGCUCGGAUCGACAUUGCCCUGCACGUCGCCGGGUCUAUGUCGCGGGGCUCGGCGCGGAGCGCCUUGGAGAAUCUGACAGCAUCUACGCUCGUGCGGCAAGAAGGCCGUCUGACGCAACUACCUAACGGCGCCGGUGUUGUCAAGUUUGACUUUGACGACGGCAACGGUGCCGUGGACUGCUUUCCGAUCACCCUGCCGGAUCUAAUCACUAUAUGGCGAUCAACUGGCGUUGGCAACAUUAGGACGUACGUUUGCGCCUCGGGAGAUGCUUUCCCAUCCCAGGACCUUGGGUCUCUGCCAGAUGGGCCCACAGAGGAGCAGAUGGAGGCGUGGCCCUAUCAUGCUGCGGUUGUCGUUACCGAUGCCCGCGGCAAACAUAGCGCAGCUGUGCUUCAUACUGUCAACGGAUAUGCGUUCACUGCGAUGGCAUCUGCCGAGGCGGCCAGGAGGGUUCUAGAAGGCGAGGCUUCUUCUGGGUUUCAAACCCCUGUCCAAGUUUUCGGAAAAGACUUUGUGAACAUUAUACCUGGAUCGGUGGUUCGAGAAGGAUGA